CUGGCUGCUGCAGAUGGCUGCAACAAGCUUAGGUGUUCGAAAGUUGUCGUGUGGCAAAUGCGUUCGUGUUAACGGAACAUAACUCAUUUAAUACCUCUAAGUUAUUAAGUGAUAAACCUUGGAUUGUGUGACGUUAAAGUUAGUGAUCCUUAAACAAAAAACAUUUAAGGAGACUUAACCACAAGCUCCACAAUUAUGCGGUGACGGUGGCUUGCAAAGUCGAUCUAAACAAAAGACUCCCCUACACGUUCAAUGUCGGCAUCAUAGGGGAAAGGUGAACAUGUAGCACCUCUAUAUAAUUCCUUCAAGGAUUUAUUAAGCCUUUACAGUCCUUCGAAGUAUGUCUCGGGUGCAAAGAGCUCUCCGGCUUGACGAUGAAGAUACAGAUCCAGAUGUCACAGUCAAGUUGGAGUAUGUGGACCCGUCGGAGAUGGUGAAGAGUGUGAUGAGCAGUCCCUCACCCUAUCACCUGCUGGACCACGAGUAUGGCCAGACUCCGCAGAACCAGAUCAUGACUGGGCCACCAACACAGCCUCCUCGCUCACAGGCAGUAAAGCGGAGGCUUAAUUUAGAUAUCGCCUCGGGAGAAGAAGGCUUUAAAACACCAAAGUCAACCAAGAAAAUGAGGGCUACUAGUGCCAGUCCAGCUAAUAAGAGUAAACCGGCCCUGACGAGGUAUGACACGUCACUGGGCCUGUUGACUAAGAAGUUUGUAGGUCUGCUGCAGUCUUCACCCAAGGGAGUGGUUGACCUCAAUGUAGCUUCUGAGUGCCUUGAAGUACAAAAACGGAGAAUUUAUGAUAUAACUAAUGUCUUAGAAGGCAUUGGCAUUUUAGAAAAGAAAUCAAAAAACAAUAUUCAAUGGAAAGGUGGUCAGAUACCAAUGGAUUCACAAAACAUUCUGCAAGCUGAAAUAGAAGACCUUCAAAGACAAGAAAGACAACUAGAUCAACUUAUCAGAAAUGCAGAGCGUGAUCUCCAAAUUAUGAAUGAUGACAAACGAUAUGCGUACAUUACUUACUGUGAUUUGCGCAAUUCGUUGUCUUACAAGCAGACUACAAUGGUAGUUAAAGCCCCACCUGAGUCCAAGCUAGAAGUACCUGAUAUGUAUUAUAAUGAAAAGGAGAAACAGUUACAGUAUACAAUGCACCUCAAAAGUGAUACUGGAGAAAUUGAGGUGUUUCUUUGUCCGGAUGAGAAGAGCUCUAACCAAAAAUUACAGUUUGAAGAACACAUAACACCAUCCACAUCAUCACAAUCGUCAGAACUUUCUCGGCCAAGUACUUCUAGUGACCCAGCUAGUUUAUUACCUGAUUCAUUGGAUCCUGAACAACUUCAAAUGCUCAUGAAACAGGAAUAUGUAGGGAUUGAAGAAAAUGCUACAAAUCGAAGGUUACGUAACGCUCUCAUCUCAGAGGCUGAUGACUUACAGCCCUACCAACUGCAGACGGAAGAUCAGCACAGUUCUGAACCGGAUGACCUGGAAGCUGCUGUCAAUUCACUGACUGCAGAACCAUUCCUGCAAUUGGAACCACCAUUGUCAGAAACCGACUACUCCUUCAGUCUUGACAACGAUGAAGGCUUCAAUGACCUCUUCCUCGACCAAAUAUUUUAAGCUCACCAACAGUAACAUUGUUUAUUCGCUUACUUUAACACACUAAUUUUGUACAAGUUAACCCUUUGAGGACGAGGUUUGUCUGUUAAAAUAUAUGGAAACAAACGCUACUUUAUUAAACUGCCGUUAAGUUGUGUCUAUAAAUGCACAAUAUUACGUUGUUUGACAUUGUCUUUUUUUAUAUAACAGAGGUUCAAAGAACUAAUCUGUGUUAUCUUUUAAAUUAUUAUAAAUCCAUUAGAAUAUUUUUAUUAUUGUCUCAAAAACUUUUUGGAUCAGCUGAUAUUCAUUAUUUUCUUUCUAUUAUAUCAAGUUUAUUAUUAAACAAUUAAUUGCUGUUGUGUUAAUUUUCAAACACAUUUCUAUUUUGAGAUAUGUGUUGUAAUAGUACCGUCUGUGCUAGUAGAAUAGAUCAUGUUUAAACCUGAUCUUUGUGAACAGAGUUUUAAAAUAAUUAAGUGUCAAAUAACAAGUGUACAUAUUGUAAAUAGACAUUUUGUGAUUUUUUAGUACGUCGUAUAAAACUUUUUCAACAAAAAUACACGAUUUAUAGAGACUUCCUUUAAUUUAUAAGCACCCAUGUUUAGCAAUAUUAUGUUAUUUAUGUUGGUUCUCUGUGUCCAUGUGUUGUCCUAGAUACUACUUCAAUGUGCUCAAGGUGAAGCAUAUGCCGUCAUAUUUCUUACAAACCCUCAGCAAUAAUACAAUUGUUUCAGAUUUGUUCCACAUCUCACUGGUAAAAUAAUAUUUUGAAACAUAAAUUAAUACAUUUCUUUAAAAAACAUUCAUCUGUAUAAUCUUUAUAAGAAGUACACUUCUUAUUUUCAAAUUUACAUAAAAGUCUAUUCUAGUAGUAUUUUAAAUUCUGAUUCUUUCAUGAGACAUUGUUUUAUGCAGCAUUUGAGGGAAACAUGUAACUUAUUUAAUUGUGCAAAAAAUUAGGAAUAAUUAUUUUCUACAACGUCCUGAAAGGGUUAAAAUACUGUAAAUCAAUUUUAGAUUUUGAUUGAUAAAUGUUCAAGAUUAAAAGGAUAAAUCCCUAAAAGUUAAUAGGCAGUACACAUUACAUCUGUAUUCUCUAAUUAGCUUUUAUCCUAAUUUUAAAGUUCAUUUUAAAAAGCUUAUUUUAUUAUUUUACAAGGAUUUUCAGUUACCAACAAGAUUUUUGUUUCUAUAGUUAUUACAAGUACAAGUGAAGUAGGGAGCAGAAGUAUGAGAAAGGAAACUAUCCCAAACUUAGUUUAACCAAGUCUGAGAUAUAUUAUAUUGGUGACAGUGCAGUACAUUUAUGCCAAGUAUGUAACUCUCUUUCUUGUAAAUAGCGGUUUUCUGCCUAGUGAAUACAUGCUCACUCUUUUUAUUAAUUGUAAUGGCUCAUCUUUAAACAUUAUUGAAGAAUUAUCGGAAAUUAGAAUAUAGUAAGCUACAUUUUCCUUCUUUGUUGGCAUUCAUGCCGUGAUUUUAUUGGCCAUUGCAUUUCAACUGUGGUUUUGUCAUGCCAUCUUGGCAUAGUUUGUUUUGUUGCCGGCAAGUAUACGAGUACCAUUAUCAUUGCUGUUUUAUUUGGUAUUACGUCAUGCAUUGUGCUAAAAUGUUUGUAAAUACAAUAUGGUAUGAAUUUUUGCAUUUAUAUUUUUGUCAAUUGACAGUUAACGUCCAUUAUUGUAUUUGUUUAAUUUGUACGCGUAUUAUCGAAUUUUUAUUUGUAAAUAUAGUAUGUUUCUACUUAAUACAACAGAUAUUAUGUUUUUAAACAAUCUUUAAAAUUUAAUGGCUAUUUUUUAGGGUGAGUACAUUUCUUAAGACUAGGUAGUCCUCUCAAAAUUUGUAAUUUUUUCAUUAACUUUAUAAAUGAACAAUCCCAAUAUAUGGAGGGUUCACAAAAUGGUGUCACUUUGAUGUGAGUAUAGUACA